AUGGAUUCAGAUGCAGACGAGGAGGGUUUAACCCUCUUCCAGGAGCCAGCGGGUUUUUACGAGUCUGAGAAGCAGGCUACUUUUGCCACCCAUCGACUGCUGACUGGAGAGGAGCUCAAGUUUCGCUUGGUGGGCCACAAUCCGCUGUGGGGCCAUCUCGUCUGGAAUGCAGGUCGAACGAUAUCGACAUACUUGGAAGAGCAUGCACAAGACUUGGUGCUGGAUAAGACGGUACUUGAGCUUGGCGCUGGGGCAGGACUACCUAGUCUUGUCUGUGCUCUCAAUGGUGCCCGCCAGACAGUCGUCACAGAUUACCCUGAUGCUGACCUCAUCGAAAACCUACGCUACAAUAUUGCUCAUUGUAACCUGUUACCCAAUCCCCGCAAGAUUGUGGCCGAAGGUUACCUUUGGGGCGCCUUGACUGAGACAGUCACUAGACAUCUACCACAGGAGCAACAUUUUGAUGUACUCAUCCUCGCGGAUUUGCUGUUCAAUCACUCGGAGCAUACCAAAUUGAUCAGGACCGUCGAGCUGACGCUCAAGAAGUCACCUGAUUCGAGAGCCUAUGUCUUCUUUACCCCCUAUCGACCGUGGCUUUAUGACAAGGACAUGGCUUUCUUCGAUCUGGCACGUGAGGCUGGCUUCACAGUCACCAAGACGUUUGAAAAGGUCAUGGAUGAGGUGUUAUUCAAGGAAGACCCAGGUGAUGAACUCCUUCGUCGUACUGUUUUUGCGUACGAACUCAGCUGGGGAGCCUGA